AUGUCCCGUCGGCGCCGCGGCCUCGUCACCCCGGUCCCCCGCGAGGCGCCUCCAUCUGCUGCAGCGCCGAGCUCCUCUCUCUCCCCGCUCUCCACUUCUGCUUUAGACCCGCACAUUAAAGCCGUCAUGCGGAGACACGCCGAUGGCCAGCGUAAAACGUCUCCAUCCCACAGUUCUACCACCUCUUGUCUCCCACCUUCAGCCAUGACAUUUAAGACUCGACUUGAAUGCACCGCGGUGGUGUGCCGCAAAGCCAUUCUAAUUUUCCCAGUGUGA